AUUUCAAAUAAAAAGAAAUAAAAAAAUUAUAUUGUUUUAAAAAGAAAUUUGUUUUAAUGUUAAUUACUAUCGAUAGAAACAAUUGAUAGAGCGACAAAAUAUUUUUUUCGUGAACAAAAAAAAAAUAGGAAGAAAGAGAAUAAAAGAAGAAAGAAAAGCUAAGAUGAAGAGUAACAUUUUUAUCAUCGCCGCCGGAUGAUUAUUCUUGGUAGGAUAGCAGAGCAUUUGAAUACGAUGCUGGUAUAAUCAGGGAAGGAAGCCAUUAUCUUUGCCUUCAAUCCUCAUCCUCCUUCCAACCGCCUAAACUAUUAAAGCCUGCCCUAAGAAGGAUAAAGCUGCAUCUGAAUUAUUCGUGCGACCGACAGAGCUCCUUAGCACUUUAAAUUAAGGGCCGAUCGUGCUUAACGCUCAUUUAAUUAUCCAAUCGUUAAUUAUUCAAGUCUAUAGUUUGAUCAUUUUGCCAGAAAAUUACUACUACUAAACGAGAUGAAACAAUUUGUUAAUAAUAAUAUUGGAAUAUAUGGCACGUAAUAUAUUAUUAUAGAUUUUAUGACAGAUAUAUUAAGAUAUAUAAUUUGGAGACAUUUAUAUAAAGGAUAUAAAGAAAACUAAAAAAAAAAAAGGAUUAUCAAGGAUUAUUUCUAUGAAGGGAUCAACAAACGUUAUGCUUAUAAAUAGAGAAGAGAAUUUAAUUUUACAGAGAAAUUAAAUUUUCAUUCCAUAUUAUUAAUUUAAAAAGAAGAAGAGAAUUCUGGCAUCGUGGAUUUUAGAUUCAAGGAAUGAUUAUGUCUGUGACGAUAACUCCUUUGAAACCAGCUCGAGGACGAGGUCCGGCUGAUGGCCGUGCAUUUUUUGAAACGUUAUGGAGAGGAAAUUUUUUUCUGGAUAGACAAAAAGUAAUGAAACGAUCGCGAAAACGAAAAUUGCAAGCAGCAAAUGGAAAGAAACGUACACAACUGCAGAUGCGACAGCAUUGUUGCUGUUGUCAGCGCAUACAACUCCACCUCCUCGCCGGACGGCGAAGCAACAUGCGCUCCGUCGUCAGUGUACGAGAGACACACCAAAUUGCCGAAGCGCAACAAGAAAAAAAUGCAAAACUACGCGAAGCAUUUGGCAUAUCGGAAUUCUUCGUGGAAGGAAGUAGCCUAGAUCCGGAGAGGCACGCGCGCGAGGCUGAAGCAAGAGCAGCAGCGAGCAAAGUGUAUGAACUAGUACGAACACCAAGUCCAGCUCCGGACACAACGUCCGCUCCGGAGAAGAAGAAACGAAAGCGGUCCGCUAGUGCAAUCAAAAAAAAAAAGGGAAAGAAGCACAAGAAGGAAAGGUCGGAAUCUCCAAAGGCUAGCAAAAAGAAAGAAAAAUCUAAAAAGAAAAAAAAGGAGAAGAAACAUAAGAAGACUGAGGCUAGUUCCUCUGACAGUGAUUCUAGUGAAGCUUCAGAUGAUAGCAGUUCUUCCGAAACUGAAUCAAAGAAGAAAAAGAAAAAGAAGAAGAAGAAAGCCAAAGCAGAGACAAAAGAAAAGCAUGAGAAGAAAAAAAUAGCCAUCAAGAGGAAACAUCAGUCAUCUGAGAGUUCGUCAGAUAGUUCCCCAGAGAGGCCGAAGAAAUCUAUGAAACAUGACAAAGCUGUUGAAAAAAAUAAAAACGAUGAGACAGAGAAUACGACAAAAGAAUCUCGAUCAAAUCGUUCACCAAAGAAACAAGAAAAAGGUCGAAACGAAACUCCACCAGUUAAAAGAAAAGAUUCUCCUGUUAAAAAAAUUGUACCAGAGAAAAAGGAUAAAUCACCAAUUGUCCACAAAAGUCCUCCCCCAAGACGACAUAGAUCACCAUCAAGAAGUAAGGUUGAUAGAGGAAGAUCUCCAAGAAGAUAUUCAAGGUCACGACGAAUUAGUCCUUCACCAAGAAGAAGAAGAAUCUCGAGAUCUCCGAGGAGAUAUAACAGAUAUUCUAUAUCUAGAAGUAGAAGUCGAUCGAGGUAUGAUCGUUAUGGAUCACGGCGGAGAUUGUCACCUCUUCCUAGACGUAGAAGAUCUGAUUCUCGACGGAGAUCAAGAUCGCCUAGGAGACAGAGGGAUAGACGGGAAAGAUCUAGAGAACGUCGUAGAAGUCGCAGUAGAACAAGAAGUAGAUCUAGACGAUCCACCUUGAGCUACUCUCCUGUAAGAAAAAAUCCGGAACGAUACAGACACAUAUUAGAAGAAAAUAAAAAACGAGAUCAAAAAAAGAACCAUGAUAACAAACGGAAAUCUCGAUCAAACUCCAAAACCAGAAAAUUGCGAACAAUUACUCCAAGAGUUAGAUUGCGUUCUUCGAGUGAGGAUGAAACCGAUAUAGCAGAUGAUGAACCCAAAGCAGAAGAUGAAGAAAAAAUUAAAGAAUUGCAUACCUUGAAACGUUUGCAGAGUGGAUUAGCUGCAAAAGCUAGAGAAACUCUUGGAAAAAAGGUAAUAAGUCCUACAAAAAUUAAAAUUGAAAAAAAAGAAGAUAAUAUAUUGGAUAUAGCUUUACCAAAUGAGCCGCCCAAAAUAGUACAAAAUACUAUUGGUCCUAUACAAGAAAAGUCUAAGUCAAAAUCACCUAUAUCUCAUUUACCUACUAUUCAGUCCCCAGUAUCUAGCAGAUCACCUUCGCCAGCAUUGCCAUUAACGAGAGAAGAAGCAGCUAUAAAAAUACGAUCUCCUAGUGAGUCACCUCCUCCUUUGCCACCAGCCAUAAAUAAAAUAGAAUCAAGAUCACCGAGUGUGACAGCUAAAACUAAUCAUCGAUCAAAGUCUCCAAGUACUUCCAAGAAGAAUUCACCAGUUAUUUUAAGGAAACAUUCGUCACAGAGCAAAUCAUCCUCACAUUCACCGCCUGUAUCUAUUUCUCACAAAGAUACUACUAUAAAGUUGCGUUCUCCAAGUGAAUCUCCACCUCCGAUUACGAAUAAUAAAUCGAAGCAAAAAUCUGUUUCACCAACCGCUUCAAAAAAGAGUUCCCCUGUUUCUAGAAAGCAUUCUCCAAGAGAUAAAUCUUACUCCAGAUCGCCUUCCAAGUCGUACACAAGAUCUGUAUCGUUGGAAAAAAGGUCUUCCAGAUCGCCUCAGCGACAUUCAAGAUCUAUUUCUACAGACAAGAAAUCGCGCUCUGUUUCGAGGAGUAAAAAAUCAACAUCUCCUAGACAUAGGUCUUCAACAUCACCAUCGAGAUCCAAAAAAUCUCCUAAAUCCCCGGUGAGGUCAAAGAGAUUAAGCAGAUCAAGGUCUUCUUCAGAAUCGAAACGUUCCAUAUCUAGAUCUCCAUCAUGUUCAAAAAAAUCUUCGUCUCAUUCUCCGGAAAAAUCCAGAAGUAGAACGAGGUCAUUAUCAAAAGGAUCUAGAAGUCGAUCUCUUUCAAAAAAAUCUAGAAGUAGAUCUUUGUCAAAAAAGUCGCGUAGUCGUUCAUUAUCAAAAAAAUCUAGAAGUCGAUCACUUUCUAAGAAGUCAAGAAGUCGUUCGCGAUCGUUGUCUAGGAUAUCACGAGAUAAAGAAAAAAGAAGUCAUAGCAGGAGUAGUUCACGUUCUUCUUUAAGUUCGAGGCAUAGUCGCAGAAGUUUCUCUAGUUCAUCCCGAUCAUCAAGCAGUGUUUCUAGUAGGUCUUCUCGUUCAACGUCUAGCAGUUCUGUUUCUAGCAGAUCUCGUUCUCCGUCGAUACCUCGACGUCACGGCUCACCUAGCUUUUUAGAUAGACGUCGUAUUACAAGCGCCAGGAAACGACCAAUUCCAUAUCAUCGACCUACUCCAACACCACCUUCGUCACCGAGUAGUUCAGAUAGCAGCAGACAUAGUAAUUGGUCAAGUCCAAGUCAUCGAUCAAGUUGUUCUCCAAGUCGAAGUCCAUCAUACACACGUUGAAUCAAUUAAGCGGAUUCUUAAUUACUCGACGUUCCUUUUAUGUGUCAGAUUUGGAAUGGCAUAUAUCGUGAAGAUCCAUUGAUGCUUUUUCAUGUUAAAUCAUGUUUGUUGAAAAUUGGCACGAAUGUAAAAAAAAGUUUCAUGUAUUUUUUUGUAUCAAAUAGGUACAAAGAAAAUACGCCAUUCUAAAUAGUGCAUGAUCUUUAAGUCUUUGUAAAUUCAUAAUAUGCAUUUACAUGUCUGAUCUCGUAACUUAAUAAUACUCACUGAUGAUAGUACAUUAUGAUAUCAUCAGCUUCAGUAUUAAUAUAUUAACAUUAUUGUUCCAUUUUUAUUUUAAUUAGGAAUUAGGAAAGAGUGAUUUUAAUGUACUUACAGAUUGGUAUUUAUAUUAUUAUUAAUCUGAUUAUUAUUAGGAUAAAUUUAUUAUUAAAAAAAAAAGUCAAAGAUUUAAAUUUAUCUAUUACUUCUUUUUUAAAUUUUGCAAAUCUUUUUGAAUAAAAUUAAAAAAAGUUGCAAAGGUAAUCAGAUGAGAUAUUUUAAUAAUAUUAAUACGCAAUGCAAUAUUUUAUAAUAUAAUUAUUUUUAAAAGUACAUUAUCAUCAUAUCAUUGAAUUGCAUCACGAUUUCAUGAAUUUUUAGUUUUUAGUUUUCAUGAAGUUUUCAUGACAUUUUUUUGUAGAUUUACAUAUGUCUAAAUACUUCAGCAAUAAGAAGGCAAUGGUGACUAUAAGCAUCAUGAACUGUUGAUUACAGCUUCUUGAGAUCUCGCAUUAUUCAAAUAACAAUUUUAUUAUUUAAAAAUUCAUUUAAAACUACUUUAGUAGUUCUGCGUCCGCGUGAUUAUUUAAUCAUAUAAUUGUUUGUUAUACAAACAUCAGCUAGUCAAAUUUUAAACAUUCCAUUAAUUAAAAUACUAGAACAUCGUACGAAUUAAUAUUAUAAUUUUUCAAAGAAGUAAUAAUUGAUAUUUUAGUGCAAUGUUCUAUAUAUUUCUUUUGUAUAUAGAUAUUAUUGUGCAUAAAUGUAGCACUUUGCUCAUUUGCUAUUUAUUUUACAUAUUAAAUAUUCAGUAAAUUGUUUAUUUAUUUAUAUGUCUCUUUUCUAAUUUACAUAUUUAUUUAUUUAUUUAUAUCACGAAUAGUUAGUAUUUAUCAAUUUUAAAAAUAAGAAAAUUGUAUAAAAAUAAUGUUAAAUUUUUAAAGUUUCAUUUACUGGCAAUACUCAAUUUACCUGAAUACUAGUCAGAAAAUUUUUUUUUGGCUGUAAAGCCAGGCAGCAUACUAAAAGACAUAAUUAGAUUAGUCUUGAUUAUUCAAAGUUAAGUCUUGAAAAUAUAUGUAUAGGGUUAAAAAAUCAUAUUUGAGAAGUCUACAUUGUUUAUAGUUAGGAGAACUAUGUAGAAUUAGCUCUUGCAUAAUGACUGACUCACUUUUAAAAAAAAAAUAGUCAAUUGUUAUGGCGAUGCAAUAUUAAUUUUGUCAUGAUGCAUAUCUUUGAAAUAAAAUUGAAACAUAAAUAGUUAUCAUACAAUACUUAUUUUAUAGA